GCGGAGCAGGCCGCUGGAUAAAGCGGAGGAGGAGACGGCGGUCCGUGUGGAUUGAGCUCAGGAUCUCAGGACGGGAACAUGUGAGCAGGGAAUGGGCGACUGGAAACGGGAUUAUUGUUCUACACAGCAGAGACACGCAGGAGGGGCCCGGGACAGGAGAGACACGGGCACACUGUGACAAAUCCGAGGAGUUUUUUUUUUUUUUUUUUUUUCCUUUUUCAUUUUUGCGCAUCAGAGAAAUCGGGGAACUAUCUGGCCAAAGAUGAACACCAUUGUGUUUAACAAGCUGAGCAGCCAGGUCCUGUUUGAGGAGAAGGCGAAAGAGGUGGAAAUGAGCAGCAGAAAUUAUCUAGAAGUCAUCGACGGGCAACAUGCAGACCUCCUCUCCAGCAACCAGACCAUCAGAGACAACCAGGCCAUCAGACACCGGCGGAGCGGGGGUCGGCCCAGCGGCGGUAAAGUGCGGCACAAGCGCCAGGCCCUGCAGGACAUGGCGCGACCGCUCAAGCAGUGGCUCUACAAGCACCGAGACAACCCCUACCCCACCAAGACGGAGAAGAUCCUGCUGGCCCUCGGCUCGCAAAUGACCCUGGUCCAGGUCUCCAACUGGUUUGCUAAUGCCAGGAGGCGACUGAAGAACACGGUGAGGCAGCCAGACCUGAGCUGGGCGCUCAGGAUCAAGCUCUACAACAAAUAUGUCCAGGGCAACGCGGAGAGGCUGAGCGUCAGCAGCGAGGACAGCUGCUCAGACGACGGGGACAACCCUCAGAGGACACAGAGCGGCCCCGAGGAGCUCAACAAGCCCAUGUACCAGAGCGUGAUCAAGAAGGAGGGCUCCUCCAUGGUGGGCAUGGGCAUGGGCAUGGGCAUGGGCAUGGGCAUGGCCAUGGGUAUGGGAGCGGGACUGAGCUCGGCCGCCUCACUUGCCGAGGACUAUGUGUCUCCACCCAAGUACAAGAGCAGCCUGCUGCACCGCUACCUGAACGACUCACUGCGCCACGUCAUGGUGGCCAACGCCGUCAUGGACGCUCGCAAGAGGAACCACUCCGGCUCCUUCAGCUCCAACGAGUACGAUGACGAGCUUCUCUCGCCGUCCUCCUCUGAGGCUGAGGCGAACUUUGUUUAUCGGGCUGAAACCACAGACCAUGGCUCAAGUAAAUGUGACAAUGGCAGCGGUGGCGUCGGAACUGCGCAAAAGGAGAGGGUGAAGGGCAAAGACGAGACAUACUGGAGAGAGAUCAACGCCGCUAUGGCCUUGACCAACUUGGCGCAAGGGAAGGACAGCACCUCCGGGACCACGAGCUGCAUCAUCCAGAAGUCCUCCCACAUAGCAGAGAUCAAGACUGUUAAAGUGCCUCUAAUGCAGAAAUAUUAGCCCUGACAUCGUCCUCCCAUCUCUUUAUGCAAACCAGCAAACAUUCCUGUUUCAGCAAACUCGCCAGAGUCCAUAUAAACUCUGGCAGCAGUGAAAAGAGAACUGUUGUUUAGGGAGGGUGGGGGUGGGGGAGGUGUGGGGGGGGGGGGAGGUUUGGUUGUUAUUGGUGUCUUAAAAAGUGUGAACGAGGCCAUGACCAUCAUUUUCUUUGCUGGGUUGACAGACAACUGUUGAUGAGUUUCACUGCAGUAUUUCCUAAAACAAGACACUUUUGUAACGUUAACUUAUUUUUGGAUGAGUCAGAUUUUUUUAUUUCCUUUUUUUAUGCUACGGAAAUUUGUAUUUUGCCAAAAGUGCCUUUGUUAUUUAGACAAAUAACUCCCCGACUUUGGUCAAUGCAAAGUACGGAUACUGAGGUGCCUCUCACUCUUCGGGAUUUGUUUUGUGAAUGAAAACCAUAACAGCCUGUGCCUUAAGGACUGAAUGAGCUCACCAUCUGAGGCACUGAUGAACUCAAAUAGCACACACACACAUACACACUCUCUUAGAAUACACCCAGCAGUAAUUCCCUGAAGGCAUUGUGCUUAUUUUGGCUGGAGUCUUCAUUUUGACUGUAAACCGAAGGCUGUUUUGUCUCAGUCAGCCUCUCGUUGCCGGCAGCUCAACAAUAACUGUUGGAUAUGUACAGUAGAUAAGCUGCCCUAACGUGAGCAGCAGAUCUACAAGCAGUCUCCGCCUUGUCCACAUGUCGGCCUUGGAUUUCAUUACCCAGCGAAGGAUUCCUUUCUUAUCGGGGCUAUUAGUUGCUGAAACGUGCCCAAACGCUCAGCUGGACCCAAAUGAAGUCACGUUCACCCACGCAGUGACAGAAGUACGUAGAUCUACAGGCAUGCUUUAAGGAGAAGUAUGCCCUAUCUGUUCCAACAGAAGUAUGCCAUGUCCUAAAAGGGAUGUUUUUGCUUUGCAUUAUCAGUGUUUUAUGUGCACAUUGUUACCUUUUUUUUUUUUUUACAUGUUUGUGCUCAGAACAAGAUGGUCUGGAGUGAAUGAAAAAAAAAAAAAGCCACCACCAUCUUUUGAUCCUCAGCCCUCUCAGCUGUUUAGCAUUACAUUCAAAUUGCUGUUUACAAGAAGCCAGAGGAUGGACUCAAAAAUUGACUUUCCACUCUCGCUUUCUUUUUUACUUCAAAAAUACUUUCAGUAUUAUCUAUUUGUCGGCCAAGCAAGUGUUCAAAGUAUUUCUUAUUGUCUGUCUCUAUAUGUGUGGCUGUUUUGUUUUUGAUCAGAACUUUGUACUUGGUUUCACUAAACCGUACCGCAUUAAGAGCUUCUUUUGUCAUCCAAUGGAAAGAAUCUCUUUUCUAGAAAGGACUUAUGUACGGUGCAUAUGUUAUAAACGUUUGCGGCAAACGAUGCCAAGUUCACAAACUGGGGGAAAUCGAGUUGGACUUACGGGAGAAACUCAAGUUGUCUCUCUAUGCUGACUUUUUAAUUUGAUGUAUGCCUUUAAGGUACUGUUUAUGUGUGCCAAAAUGUACACUCCUUCAUACAUUGUGCAGUUUUUUAUUUCUUUGACAAACACAUACUGCGUUUAUGGUCAAAGACUUUGAGAGGGAGUGAAGUUGCACAAAGUGACUUUUUGACCUUUUUUUAUGUCUUGAAUGUGCAAACUGUAAAAAGAAAGAAAGUUGCACUUACAGUUAUUGGUUUUCAGUCAGAAAACACACAGCCUCCAUUGAUGGUGUAUUUACAUAAAGGUGACGAGCAGUAAAAGAAAUGAAGUACAAGCCUAUGUUAUUCCUGUUAGCGUUCCUAUGGAGGUAUAAUGAAAUCUAUCGCACUAGCCAAUCCCCAGGCACUAUUUGCUUAUGCAGUGGGGGUUGUGGGCUCCCACAUGUGUUUUUUAUACACCUGAUCCAGGCAGGGUAGCUGCGGGGCAGUGUCGGGCCCGCUCCUUGUGUUUCUAAUCGCACCUCUGAACCUCUGGACCACAACCCUCACACCUCACAUGAUACCCGCUCGCUGGGAAGAGAAAGAGCGAGGUUAGGAGGCUUUAGAGACAACAGAGCAGCCUUUGUUGUCCCUUUACCUACAGUCACUCCACAACGACGACGCCAGUUCUAACAAAAGGGGUUUCCACGGCCAAGACUUUGGUACUGUACAUGCCUUUUUUUCCAGCACAAGCCCUACUUCCACAACCAUGCUGACAAAUGGAAAGCAGUGGUAUGUAUUAAAGCCUAUAAAUUAUUAUUGCAGACUUUGUAAAAACAAAGUGGUGACCAUAGUUUGUUUUUUAUUGUUAAGUUAUAUAAAUUGAGAUUUUUGUUUUGUUUGUUUUGAUAGAGACUGGAUUUUCAAUCCAAUGACCAAAUGCAUAUCUCCAUGUAUUGUCCGAGUUGCUCUCAUGUAAAAUUUCUUUUAUAACAACAGUUGGUCAAAGCAAAUAAUGAAUGAAUAAACCUCUGAAUAAAA